AUGGGUUUGAUUUCUAACCGAAUUGAAACACAUGAAAUCAAACCCGGCGAUCAUAUCUACACUUACAGAGCUGUUUUCACCUACUCUCAUCACGGAGUUUUUGUUGGGGGGAGCAAGGUUGUUCAUUUCAGACCCGAUCGAAACUUCAAGUCAAUCACCGAGACAUCUUCCAACUUUGACGAUCCAACGCCGUGCCCGACCUUUCCUGACUGUGGAUUCCGGCAGCCCAAUAGUGGAGUCGUUCUAUCUUGCUUAGACUGCUUCCUUCGCAACGGUUCUCUUUACUGUUUUGAAUACGGUGUUUCCCCAACCGUUUUUCUUACCAGAAUAAGAGGCGGCACAUGCACUACUGCAUUACCUGAUCCGCCUGAGACUGUUAUCCAUCGAGCCAUGUAUCUCCUUCAAAACGGUUUCGGUAACUAUGAUGUUUUUCAGAACAACUGUGAGGAUUUUGCAAUGUACUGCAAAACUGGUCUUUUGAUUGUUGAGAAGCAAGGAGUUGGAAGAAGCGGUCAAGCUUCUUCUGCUAUCGGUGCUCCGUUGGCUGCUAUGCUUUCGUCUCCUCUCAAAUUGUUAAUGCCAAGUCCUGUCGGUAUCGCUACGGUAACCGCUGGAAUGUACUGCGUGAGUAGAUAUGCAACUGAUAUUGGUGUUAGAAGUGACGUGAUCAAAGUCGGAGUAGAAGACUUGGCCGUGAACUUGGGAUGGACUUGCUCUGAGGAGGAGGAGGAGGUAGUUCAUGAUGAAACUUCGACCUCACUGAUUACCUUAUGA